AUGACCAACACGUACGACCACAACUUUAAACUGCUGAUCGAUAAAGUCAUUUUACGCUUUGACAAAGAACAGCCGGCCCAGCUGUCCGAACCGAAUAAGCAGGAUAAAAUGGCUGGAGGCGACUUCAUACGCAAGCAGUUCAACGAAAUCGACAGAGACGGGGAUGGUUUUAUCACAGAAUCCGACCUGCGCGAAUGCGUCAAGGGACAUUCUGUGAACUCCUGUGCCAUCAGGUGCUUCUUCAAACGUUAUGAUGCCAAUGGUGACAAGAAAAUAUCCUUCACUGAAUACCACAAUGGCCUUCUAGCUUACCUAUUUCAGAAUUUGCGUUGCGUGGGCCAACUGCCAAAAGAGUACGUCGCCGACUUCCUCAAAAGUCUUGACGAAAAUAAUGAUGGCGAAAUCAGUGAGCAGGAAUUCAUCACCUUUAUGCGCAAAACCUGGCAAAAUCAGUGCUGCUGUUGUUCCGGCGCCCAACAACAAUUCAUCCCUAAAAAACUGCGCUGA